AACAUAUGUUAAAGACGAUCUACAACGUCUCAUCUCUUAUUACACGGGUGUGUACGACAAGCGACACCUACAGUAACAGCUAGUUUUGACCUUUGACCGGAAUAUGUAGCAUAAUGUCAGUAUGACGUCAUAACAGUAUAGACUGGUUAAAACUGACGCCUAGCCUAGACUAAGUGUUGACUAGAAAUCAAAGCGCAACCACGAAGGAAGCUGUUUUUCAAUCCACCUUGACCUCUGUAUUUUCAAGAUUCACUGCACUACCAUAAAAGGAAACAACAAAACAACCUACUGAACCAUGAAAAUGAAUGUGUUCAGAACUCUAGUGAAAAUGGACACAUAAACGGUUGGAAUGGGAAUGAACGUACAGGUAUGACAGCGCGCCAAUCCAGCGACAAGCGCUACUCCUUUUCCUACCCAAAGGAUGAGAUUAUUCCGACUAUUGCCAACCUUGAAUUGCAAUACGUUCACCUGCAGCAGGUUUUCAUCAUGUUGAGGCAAGACUACGAGAAUUCCAAACACUAUCUUCCCGGGGCGAGGUAUAAACUACUAAAGGCUAUGGUUAAAGUAACACUUUUGAAGAAAAAUAUGAAAAGAGCUGGAUAUUUUGUUCAACCCUACAAUGUGAUUGAUCUAAAUAAAGAAUUACGGAGAAUGUCCAAACUAGAACGUGCUCAGAAGAGUCAACAAAUAAGCAACUUACGUGACAAAUACCUAUAUGCCUAUAUCCAACUUUACAAACUCCAGCGUGACUUCAAAGGAUUAAACCGCGUUUGCUGCAGCAGACGAUAUCAACGCUUGAAGAUGAUGAUCAAACGAAUUAUACAUGAUGAUGUCCUGAUGAGUGAAUGAACUAAGAGGUGGCAGGGCUUCCCCAAAUUGUCUUUCUCUUUUAUCACUUCAGUCUGCCUCUGUCUGUCCGUCUCUCUUCGUGUGUGUUGUGUGUAUUUGUGUUUCUCUCUCCCGCUCUCCCGCUCGCUCGCUCUCUCUCUCUCUCCCCUCCUCUGUGUGUGUAUUUGUGUUUUUCUCCCGCUCUCUCUCCCUGUGUGUGUGCGUCUCCGUGUGUGUGUGUGUGUGUGUGUGUGUGUGUGUGUGAGAUAACAUUAUAAUACUGCGAAUGUAUCUAGUAAUAAAAUGCUUGAAUUGUA